GUGACAUAAGGAGGACCAAUGAAUUCGAAGGAUAGUUGCUUUCGUUAGUAGCUGGGUAAAAAUGGCUGAAGUUGAUUUCGGCGAUUGUGAGCUCUUUCAGCUGCUUGAUGACUCCGCACCGGUCCCGACGCAUAUUCGCUUCACAGAUGAUGAGGAGGACAAGGAGGAGACGAGCCAGCUCCGGAGCAGACUGGAGGAGUAUGAUGACUACGUUCAGAGACUCACCGAGGAGAAUAAAGGUUUAAGAAGAAAACUGAAAAUCCUGACACGACCAAGCGGCAUCACAAUCGAAGAUGUCAACAUCGACGGGCCAGCUCUUCAAAUCCUUUAUGCAAACAAUAUUAUUUCAAAGCAGUGUCGUCAAGAAAUUGAAGAUUGCAUCUGCAAUGUGAUUUUGAAGCACCAGAAACCAAGCAAUGAAAAGAAAAACUCCAUCUUGCAAAUGAAACCUCAGAAUUCAGCUUUUGCUUUGGAUGAAGAUCUGCAAGAUCUGCAGAAGUCCUCUUCCAGUAGCGUAAGAACAACAACCGAAGCGUUUAAAGUGGUUGGAAGUGUCUUAUAUUUCACUACAUUCAGUGUUGAUAAACUUGGACAGCCUCUGGUGAAUGAAAACCCCCAGCUGACAGAUGGAUGGGAUGUUCCAACCUAUCACCAGGUUUUUAACCAAGUCGUUGGCACAGAUGGGCAGGAUAUAGAAAUGAAAGACAAAAGACCCAAAUCAAUGUGUUUCAACUGUGGUUUGAGUGGUCAUCAGCUGAGAGACUGUCCCAAGCCUAAAGACAUGGCUGCAAUUAAUGAGAGAAGGAAGGAGUUUAAUCAGAACAACAACCAGGCCAUGCAGAGUAACCAGCGAUACCAUGCUGAUGAAGUGGAGGAGCGGUUUGCUAAAUACAAGCCUGGAGUCAUGAGUGAGGAUCUGUUGACAGCGCUGGGAAUUGAUGGAAACACCCUCCCACCUCUAAUUUAUCGCAUGAGGCAGUUAGGCUAUCCACCAGGUUGGCUCAAAGAGGCAGAGAUGGAAAACUCUGGCUUAACAAUGUAUGAUGGAAAUGUUUCAAAUGAUGGUAAAAUAACAGACGAUACCAAUUCGCAAAACAUCUCUUAUGAUGUUUCCAAACUGGUAGAUUUCCCAGGCUUCAAUGUAACUGCAUCACACAACAUGAAAGAUGAGUUCAUGCAGUAUGGUUCUAUUCCAAUGCAGACCAACCACAUGAAGCAAAACUAUGCAGCUUACCUGUCCAACAACUUCCCUAUGCCUGGUGCCACCUGCAACAAGAGACGGCAUGAAUCUGAAUCAUCUCCACAGCAAAGGAAGAAGACGAGGUCCAGUCCGGAUCGGAACUCUGAUAGAAGCUCGGACAUGGAUAUUGAAUCAGACCCAGGAACACCUUAUAAGCAUGGCCCAGGUGACUUCCAGUUCCAACCUCCGAUGCCCCCUGGCUCCCCGUGCUUCAGUUCACCGCCUCCUUUACCCCAGGGCACUCCACCUGCUACACCCACUCCCCCACCUCUACCUAAAGGUACUCCUCCUCCCACACCUACCAACGGCUCUCCAGCUCUGCGGGGGAGUAACUGGGUAGUAGUUGAUGAGACUGUGGAUGGAACAGAGGAUGAAUUGUCAUUGGAGGAACUGGAGGAGCAGCAGAGGCUGAUUUGGGCAGCUCUAGAAAAUGCUGACACUGCCACGAAUAGUGAAUCUGAGACACCUGCAGUGGGAACACCUGUACCCAGUUCACCAAGUGUGUCCACACCUGUGCAUGUCGACACAGAAACGGAGGAGGUUGAAGAAACGAUGGACACAACAAGACCUGCAGAAACUUGCCAUAGCAGUGAAAAUCAAAGUGAACCAGGGGUUCAAGAGAUUUGCUCUCAGAGCCCUGGUCUGAUCAAAGCCCAAGACGACAGCCCCCAGAGCCCUGGUCCAGUCAAAGCCCAAGACGAGAGCCCCCAGAGCCCUGGUCCAGUCAAAGCCCAAGACGAGAGCCCCCAGAGCCCUGGUCCAGUCAAAGCCCAAGACGAGAGCCCCCAGAGUCCUGGUCCGAUCAAAACCCAAGAUGAGAGCCCCCGGAGUCCUGGUCCGAUCAAACGCCAGGAAGGCAACCCCCAGAGCCCUGAUCUAGAUUUCUCUAAUGGAGCAGCUGGAGAUUGUGCUUCUCCUAUGCAUGACGAGAAGAUAACAGCUGUUCCUCAUCGUAGCAGGUUUGCAGCUGGCAUCGUUCCGUUUGAAGAUACACCAGAGUACACUGAAGUUGCUGAAGCCACAGGGACAUACCUUAGGAUCAGAGACUUGCUUAAAAGUUCCCCUCGAAGUUUAGCAAAAAAAAAAUAACAAUGUACUGUCUUCAUUUGGAACACAAGGGUAAACUGAUAUUUUUUAAACAAACUUCUAUUUUCAUGACCAUCCUAUCAAGCAUGUUUUUAGCUGUUUAUUUUUUGUACCAAGUUGAAUGUCUAUGCUGUGUAUAUACAUUUGAUCUGUAAACGUACAAAGGAAGGGACAUCAAGGGAUGCUGCAACAACAAUAAUUUUUAAGUUUUGAUCAAUAAGUCUCAGUUUUUUGUAACAGUUGUUACUCAUGCUGUUUAUUUUAUUGUAAAAUUUGUGAAAUGGUAAUUUCUUGACCUACCUGUAAUAAUUUUAAUACCAUGAUGUUAAAAUGGCCUUUUUCUAUUUUCGUUCUACUUAAAUUGCUUAAAACCCUUAAGUAAACAUGCUUUCACUUG